AUGGAUGAUUCACAAUUUGAAUGUAAAACGUGUCAUGAAAAGGGUUCCGCUGACCAAUUAAUGAAGCAUUUAUCUACAACCAGGCAUAAAACGGUCAUUGAUAUAUCUGAUCCACAAAACCCUGAAGAAUUAUGCUGUGAGGAAUGUAAGGAUAACAAUAAUGUUCAUCAAUUGGAAAUUAUCAGGUUUGGCGGCGAUGAUAUGGAUAUUUAUUGUAAGUCUUGUCUCAGUAAGUUAUUGAACAAUGAAGACAAAAUUGAUCAAGAUAUGAAACAAACCAUGGUAUCUUAUUCAUUAAAUAAUGGUGCUUUGCUUUCCUUUUGGAUUAAAUUCAAAAUUUUCAGAGAUUGUUACUGUUUGAAAUGUGGGGAUGAUGAAUUAAAGAUGAAUGUUAAGAAAAUGAAUCAAAUCAAAAAUAGUAGUAAGAGUAAAAAUAACACGCUUAAUACACAUCCUUCAGUCUUUUGUGAUAAUUGUGUGAAUAAAUUACCUAAAAAUGAAAGAGAUUACUUUAUAUCGGAAGAUUCACAUAAAUUCAUUUAUCAUCUAUUAAACAUUCCUGAACCAUCCAAUAAAUUAAAGAAACUAAAUAGAAAAAGGAAAAGUUUGCGUGGGGGUAAAAGACGUUCAAAAAAUAAACGUAACACAAAGAGUAAGAUCUCUUCUAAAAAAGUACCGAAGCCGAUGACUUUAAUGCAGAAGAUGACCAAAGAGGCGUUCUCUAAUAAAAGAGAAAAUUCCAAAAUUAUUAGUGCCUCUGAUGUAAAGUUGAGCUCAUUUAAAGGUUUUAAAGCAAUUAAUUCAGAGAGUAAUUUACAAAGUUUGACUAUAAAAAUAGAGUCUAUUUCUUUAAGUAAUGGUACUAAUACUAAUAGUAAUAAAGAUAAUGACAAUAAGAAUAAAACUUUAUCCUUCGUUUUCAAGAAACCGGAAGGAAAUAAUAUGACAAAUGGUGUUGAUAAAAUUCAAUCUACUCCUAAUUUAUCUCGAUUAGAAAAAGAAUCUAGUAAAAAAGAUGUUAGUACUAUUAGUUUAAAAAAUGAUUCAAUUACUACAAAACAGAACGAUAGGAAGAAGCAGAAAAAUAAAACAAGCGAGAAAAAUACCAUAAAGAAACAAUUUCAGACAGCAUCCAAUUCUAAACAAACAAAGUUGAACAAGUCAUCUAACAAAAAGAAUAAAAACAUGCAAAAAGUUGCCUUAAAAAGUAACAAUAACAAAUUACGAUCCGUUAAGGAGAAAGCUAAGACCAAUUUUCCAAAUGAUAAUAAUACCAUACAAUCAAAUAGAGGAAAUAGUAUAAUGAGUAGAAAAGAAAGUAAAAGUCAAGUUGCAUCUACAUCAUGGUCAAAUGGAUGGAGCAAUAAUUUAAUUGGAACAGUGGUUGAAUUAAAUAACAACACGAGUGAAUCUGGGGAAGAAGGAAAUUUAAGGAAUAAGAAAAAUAAUGAACAAACAUUCCAAUCCAAAACAUGGUCAACUGGCUGGGAUGAUUCAUUCAAGGGUGCCGAGGUAUCUUCGCAUUUGGAAGUUAAAGAGGCCUUUACAAAAAAGGUGAUGAAGAAAGAAGAUAAAAAGAAGAAGAAAGAGGACGAGAAUAACAAUUAUCAUGCCGUAGAGAAUAAAAGCACUGAAUCACAAUACAGUGGAAAUAGUAUUGAAGAAGGUACUCAUUUAAGAGCGUAUGAAAAAUUCAAGCCCGUUUUAGCAUACCCGGAUAUGAAAACUUAUUGUGAUACAUUUUCUUAUGCUCUUUUUCAAGAAGAAAGACUAGAAUCUUCUUUUAUGAAAGAUAUUAAGAUCAUGUGGCCUUUAGACAAAAAGGAAAGUGUUUUUGUUUUUAAAACGUCCACAAAUAAUCCAGAAUUACAAUAUGUCCUAGCUCCCCAUUUGUUGAAAGCAGGUCGUAUUCCAUUUAACCAGAUGCAACCGUUAAUGCUAGUCAAUAAAUAUGAUGACACUCAAGUAUGGUAUUGUUUUAUUAAAGAAGUGGCUAAAGUACGUAAAGAGUAUCAUGUUUUAGUAGAAUUAUUUCCAUGGAAUAAAUUAGUGUUACCUACAACUUUAGGUAGUGAUGAUUUAAUGAUACUUCCUACCUCGGUACAAACAAAUAGAAUUUUAUUUUCUAUGACUAGAUUAACUAAUCCUAAAUUUAUUCAGUUAUUAUUGGGUAAUGAAAAGAUUAAACAGAUUAAGUUUAAUAAUAGGUUAAAAUUUAGUAGAGAUACAUUGAAUGAAUCUCAAAAGGAUGCUGUUGAAACUGUAUUGAAUAAUAGUGUCACAGUAAUACAAGGUCCUCCUGGUACUGGUAAGACAUCCACUAUUGAGGAAAUUAUUGUUCAGCUGAUAGAGAACUUACAUACAUAUCCUAUUCUUUGUGUGGCAGCCUCUAAUAUUGCAAUUGAUAACAUUGCAGAAAAAUUGAUGGAAUCUAAACCAGAUAUAAAGAUUCUAAGGAUUUUAUCAGAUCGAAAAGAAUCAGAAUAUGCAAUGGACCAUCCAUUGGGAUCAGUAUGUUUACAUAAUUUGAUUAUGCGGGAUUUACCAGAUGAUGUUAGAAAUAAUUAUUUAGCAAAACAAAGAGGUGAGAUUCUUAGUGCGAACGCAGACAGGAAACUGUAUGAAAAUGUCACUAAAUAUAUCACAGCUCAUGUAUGCCGCGCUCAAGUUAUCUUAACUACAAACAUGACCGCUGGAGGACGUCAAUUGAAAGUCAUUAAAGAAUUACCAGUGGUAAUUAUGGAUGAAUCUACACAAUCAUCAGAAGUCUCUACCUUAGUGCCUUUAUCUCUGCCAGGGAUUAAGAAAUUUGUGUUUGUUGGUGAUGACAAGCAAUUAUCAAGUUUCAGUAAUGUAUUACAAUUAGAGAUGUCACUUUUUGAAAGAAUUCUUAAAAAUGGAUCGUAUGAGGAACCAAAAAUGUUGAACACGCAGUACCGUAUGCAUCCACAAGUCAGUGAAUUCCCAAUUGCUCAUAUCUAUGACAACAAAUUACAAAAUGGUGUCACCAAGACAGACAAGAGUUGGGAUGGUAUUAAGUAUCCAUUAUAUUUUAUUAGUUGUAGGAAAGGAUCAGAGACCAAAGUUACAAAUGACUCUAUGAAUAGGGGUGAUAACGUUGUUAGUAACAGUUUUCGUUUGCAAGGUUACACAUAUAUCAAUACAUAUGAAUGUGACAUUAUUAUUAGUGUAAUUUAUAAACUAUUGGACGAGAAACAUGUUUCGCUAGAGGAUAUUGGUGUUGUCACACCAUACUCUGCACAAAGAGAUUAUAUAUCGUCUCGUCUUGUUGAAGAUAUGGUCAUUAAUCCGAAGGGUUUGGCUAUGGUGCAAGAGAUAGAAGAAGACAAAUUUAGCGAAAAGAAGGACAAUGGUCUACUAAGCACUAUUAAUGGAAUUCAAUCUCAUACGGUUAAUAUUAUUAAUGGGUUACAAGUGGCUACCGUUGAUUCAUAUCAAGGACAUGAAAAGAAUUUUAUCAUUUUCUCAUGUGUUAGAAGUAACAAGGAGAAUAAAAUAGGUUUUUUAAUGGACAAACGUCGUUUAAAUGUGGCACUGACAAGAAGCAAGUAUGGAUUGAUUCUCGUUGGAAACGACUCUGUGUUAGAGCGCGGAGGUGGUAUGUGGCGAACAUAUAUACGUUAUCUACGUGGGCGUAAGUUGAUCUUUCCUUCAUUAGAUCAGUAUUGA